AAAGUGAGGUUUGGGGUCUAGACACUUGUUUUGCGACGAACAGAUAAAAUAGACAGAUGUCAUAAAUCGACUGAAAAUAGAAACGUAUCAGGUCGUAAAUCAUUGAAGGACAUUUGGAUUAAAUCAGUGUUAAAACUGGAAAAGUUGUUUCAUUUUUAGAAAAGGAAUCAGAAUAAAACAUCCUUUUAGUAAAAGAAGUAUGAAACUACCACAAUCUUUAAAUUUUCAAGAUGAUGCUAUAUUGAAGAAAUAUCGUUUAAUGGAAUUGUACAGUGGAAUUGGAGGGAUGAGAUAUGCAAUAGAAGCUGCUGGGAUUCCUUUUGAAAUUGUAGCUGCUUUUGAUAUAAAUCCCUUCGUUAACAAAAUAUAUUGUCAUAACUUUGGAUUUCAUCAUUUGUCAAGAAAUAUACUGUCUCUCACAGCAGCUGAAGUGGAAUGCUUAAAGGUGGAUAUUAUUACUUUAAGUCCACCAUGUCAGCCUUUUACUAGAGUUGGUUUGAAGAGAGACAUCGAGGACGAAAGAACAAACUCUUUCCUGCAUGUUUUGAAUGUAAUUUCUGAGCUUCAGAAGAAACCACUUUACUUGAUAUUGGAAAAUGUGCAGGGAUUUGAAAAUUCUCAGACCAGAAAAAAGCUAAUUGAAACACUGAAAAAGAGUGGAUAUAGGUAUCAAGAAUUUCUUCUUUCUCCUAAAGACUUUGGCAUUCCAAAUUCUAGACUUCGUUAUUAUAUAAUAGCCAAGCAACAGCAACUGCCAUUUUCUUUUGAUUGUGUUCAACAGGUUCUUUUUAAAAUGCCAAAAGAAGCAUACUCUUGGACAGCAGUGUGUGAAAAGUGUUGUCAGCAACAAUACUCUGCAAGCAUUCCUAGGUGUUCUGUAGGACACUUUUUAGAAGAAAAACCAGAAGAAUAUUUUAGUAGUUUCUUAAUCUCUGAUGAUGCAUUAUUAAAGCAUUGGACCGUCUUUGACAUGGUAAACAAGUCUGGCACUAAUUCUUGCUGCUUCACUAAAGCUUACAGACAUUAUGCUCAAGGAACUGGAUCAGUUUUAUUUUCAGUUGAAGACUCAGAAGUGUCUGACAUUUUAUCUCGUGUUACUUCAACAAAUGUGAGUGAAGAUAAGCUUGCCUUACUGAAAAAAUUGCAGCUUCGAUAUUUUACACCAAAAGAAAUUGCAAAUAUUAUGUGCUUUCCUAAACAGUUUGACUUCCCAGAAGAUGUUACCAUCAGACAAAGGUACAAAGCUUUGGGGAACAGCUUAAAUGUGUUUGUUGCUGCUUGUGUUAUACAGCUGUUAUUUGAAACUUAACAAUGGCAUAUCAGAUGUAUAUGUUUGUUUUUAUAUAAAUGUGUAAGUGAAGCUAAUUCAAAUAACAUUGGCCAACUAAAUGUAGCUUUUUGCUUGUCAAGUGGAAGUAAAAGUGUGAUUCUUAUGUGCA